AUGCUGAUGCGACUUCUUCUACUCCCCCAUUAUCACCCCCUCUAUGUUCAUCCAUCAGACGUGCUGGGAACUUUCUUAGUUUUCAGUCCUUUUGAUGGAAGCUGUUAUGGCAGUUGGAGACGUAAUGUCCUAGUUGCUUUGUCAAUUCGUAACAAACUAGAUUUCAUUAGUGGUACUUCUGAGAGACCUCCUAAAGGUUCUCCUCUAGCCAGAAAGUGGCAAUGCUGCAAUGACCUUAUGGUCUCUUGGCUGACUAACUCUAUAUUCAAGGAAAUAUCCAGGAGUGUUGAAUACUCUAAGUUUGCUAAAGAUAUUUGGAUUGAGUUAGAAGAGAGGUAUGUGAAAGCUGAUGGUGCUAGGAUCUUUGAGCUAAAUAAGGAACUCGCUCGUAUUUUUCAAGUGUCCAUGGACAUAGCAUCAUAUUUCAACAAAAUUAAACAACUAUGGGAUGAGAUUGCAUCUUUAUCUGCUGGGAGAGUUCGAAUGUGUACUUGUGGGGGUAAGUCUGUUGAAGAUAGGAACAAAAGGACUACCGGUUCCUUAUGGGAUUGA